AUGAUGAGGGGACACGGGGGCCAGCAGGGCCAGGACUACCCCGAGGGGGAAAUGGUGGAAAUCGACGUUCUCCAAGGACAUCACCAUCCUCACCAGCAUCAAUAUCAGCCGCCCUACCAGAAUAAUCAGAAUCAGAACCAGCAGCAGCAGCAGCAGUACCAGAAUCAGUACCAGGAGUACUCCCAGAACCCUUACGGCAGCCCUUACCAGAACGACGUCGACCAGUCCCAGGAUUUCCAGUUCGGUCGCGCCCUCACGAACAACGCCGCCCAGACCCAGCAGUUCCAGCAGCAGCAGCAACAACAACAGUUCGUUGCCCAACCCCACGCCAUCGGCGGGGACGAGUACGGUCCUCCUGGCUGGGCGAACCGUCACUCCAUUGGCAUGUCAGGUGCGCCUUCAAUUGGACCUUCGAUCUCCGGCAUGGACACUCCCGUCGAGUCCCGCGCGGCUACGCCGACGCUGAAGAGCGGCCAGCAGACGCCGUUCGAUCAUCUUCCACCCCCGAGGCACCCGUGGUCUACUGAUUCUACGCCCAACAGCCCGAUGAACCAGAGCCACCAGAGUUUGGCCGCACUGCUCCCCGGACAAGCUUCGCCUGUGCUCAACAAGGAGUGGGUUGAGGGUAGCGACCAGAUCGCAAGACUGCACAAGCGCGACGACUCCGAGAUUUGGAAUGGUUGGAAGCGUCAGUUCUUCAAGCUCACCCCCAUCUUGAUCCUUUUCGCUACCGCCAUGUACCUUGUCUAUCUCGCCCUCCGUAUCUACUGCGUCAUCUCCGCCCAGGAAGCUGCCAGAGAGGUUUACGCCCAGGCUUGGGUGUUCAUCGCCGUCGAGAUUGCCGUCGCCAUCCCCUCGCUCAUGCACAACAUCUGGACCAUGUGGUCCAUGAAGAAGCGCCAUCGCCCUAAGCUCCGUCUCAUGGGUGACGAGGUUCCCACCGUCGAUGCCCUGGUAACUUGCUGCGGUGAGGAGGACGACUUGGUUCUCGACACUGUCCGCGCCGCCUGCGACAUUGACUACCCCCAGGACCGAUUCCGUGUUAUCGUGUGUGACGACGGCAAGUCGGCCGGUUUGGAAGCCGGAAUUGCCGCCUUGGCCAAGACCUACCCUAAUGUCUACUACCUUGCCCGCCCGAAGUACCCCGGAGUUCCUCACCACUUCAAGGCCGGUAAUCUCAACUACGCCCUCGACUUUGUCCACACGAUGCCCGGUGGUGCCGGUCAGUUCAUGGCUGCUCUCGAUGCUGAUAUGAUCCCCGAGCGCGACUGGCUCCGUGCCAUUCUGCCUCACAUGCUCAUCGACCCCAAGGUGGCCCUCGCCUGCCCUCCUCAGCUCUUCUACAACACCCCGCCAUCCGAUCCCCUGGCCCAGAGCUUGGACUUUUUCGUUCACGUCAUUGAGCCUGUCAAGGACGCCCUUGGUGUCGCCUGGUGUACCGGUUCCGGCUACGUCGUCCGUCGUGAGGCUUUGGAUGAGAUUGGCAACUUCCCUCUCGGUUCGCUCGCCGAGGACGUCGCUACUUCGACCUUGAUGCUUGGUAAGGGCUGGAAGACGGCCUACAUUCACGAGCCCCUCCAGUUCGGCACUGUCCCCGAGGACUAUGGCGGCCAUCUCAAGCAGCGUACCCGUUGGGCCAUCGGAACCGUCGACACUUCUUUCAAGCUCAACUUCUGCCUGUGGGGUGACAAGGUCAAGCACAUGACUGCGGCUCAGCGGUUCUCUGGUUUCCUGUACGCGACGCUCAGCAUGUACACCAUCCUCCUGACCAUCUCCAUGUUCGCCAUCCCCAUCAUCCUGGUCAUGAACAAGCCCCUCGUCGCCUUCGCCAGCUACGAGCAGCUCCGAUGGCUCAUCCGCGCCUGCUUCGCCGCCACCAUCUCCAACCGCCUCUGCGAGUUUGCCCUCUUCAUCCCGGCCGGCUACCACACCGGUCAGCGUGGCUCCCGCUACCAGCUCUGGAUGUCGCCCUACAUCGCCCUCUGCAUCAUCCGCUCCUUCAUCCUGCCCACUUGGCUCGGUGGCCAGACCCAGGCUUUCAAGCCCACGGGUUCCCUCGGCUCUGCCCUCAACGAGCGUGACGCAAAGACCCGCAAGAACAUGUUCCGCCGCCUCUGGGGUAUCUUGAUCAACUACAUGGCCAUCUUCCACCUGGCUUUCGUCUACCUCACCCUCGUCGGUGUCGUCCUGACCUCGUACCGCGUCUUCUGGGUCAACGACACUCUGCGCGACACCCUCAUCGGCCUGAUCACGCACGCCUUCUGGCCGCCUCUGACCUUCAUCUUCAUCUGCAGCUCGCUGUGGACGCCCAUUGCCUACGCCAUCGACCCUCCCAGCAUGCCCGACCGCGAGCAGCUCCUGCAGCGCGACCCCAAGACCUUUGUCGCCCACCCGACACCCCAGAGCAAGAAGAUUGCCUUCGGUGGCCAGGCGGCCUGGUUCGAGACUGAGCUUACGAUCACGACGGCUUACACCAUCCUCGUCUUUGUGUGUUCCUUCUUCUUUUAA